UGGGAGAGGAGGGCAGUGGCCCGAACUGCAUGGCAGAACAUCAGAUGGCCUGCCCUGUGCUUGGUGGUGUUUCAACGAUGUCAACACUUUAGUUCAUAUGUUUAGGAAGGGUGAUCCACUUUGAAUCUUACCUUUUUUUUCCUGUGUCCACCAGUAUGACACCGUUCCUAUUCAGUCCAGCGUGGUAUUAUGUUCCUGCCCGUCCCCAUCAAUGGUGAGGACCCAGACUGAGUCCAGCACGGCCCCUGGCAUUCCCAGCUGUGGUAGCAGGCAGGGCCCCACCAUGGACAGCACCGCGGCCGAAUCCCGGCCAAGCGCCAACUCGCUGCAACACGCCACACAGCCACCACCACAGCCUCGGAAGAAACGGCCAGAAGACUUUAAAUUUGGGAAAAUUCUUGGUGAAGGCUCUUUUUCAACAGUUGUCCUGGCCCGAGAACUGGCAACCUCAAGGGAAUAUGCUAUUAAAAUUCUAGAGAAACGUCACAUUAUCAAAGAGAACAAAGUCCCGUAUGUAACCAGAGAGAGAGACGUGAUGUCGCGGCUGGAUCACCCCUUCUUUGUUAAACUUUACUUCACAUUUCAGGAUGAUGAAAAGCUCUAUUUUGGCCUUAGUUAUGCCAAAAAUGGAGAACUACUUAAAUACAUUCGGAAAAUUGGUUCGUUCGAUGAGACAUGCACCCGAUUUUACACAGCUGAGAUGGUGUCUGCCCUAGAGUACUUGCAUGGCAAGGGCAUCAUUCACAGGGACCUGAAACCAGAAAAUAUUUUGUUAAAUGAAGAUAUGCACAUCCAGAUCACAGAUUUUGGAACAGCAAAAGUAUUAUCCCCAGAGAGUAAACAAGCCAGGGCCAACUCGUUUGUAGGAACAGCCCAGUAUGUUUCUCCAGAGCUGCUCACAGAGAAAUCGGCCUGUAAAAGUUCAGACCUUUGGGCUCUUGGAUGCAUAAUAUACCAGCUUGUGGCAGGACUGCCACCGUUCCGAGCUGGAAAUGAAUAUCUUAUAUUUCAGAAGAUCAUUAAGUUGGAAUAUGACUUUCCUGAAAAAUUCUUUCCUAAGGCAAGAGAUCUUGUGGAAAAACUUCUGGUUUUAGAUGCCACAAAGCGAUUAGGCUGUGAAGAAAUGGAAGGGUACGGCCCUCUGAAAGCUCAUCCGUUCUUUGAGUCCAUCACGUGGGAGAACCUGCAUCACCAGACGCCUCCGAAGCUCACAGCUUACUUACCGGCCAUGUCGGAAGAUGAUGAGGACUGCUACGGCAAUUACGACAAUCUCCUGAGCCAGUUCGGCUGCAUGCAGGUGUCGUCGUCCUCCUCCUCCCACUCCCUGUCCGCCGCGGACGCGGGGCUGCCCCAGAGGGUGGGAAGCAACAUCGAGCAGUAUAUCCACGACCUGGACACUAAUUCUUUUGAACUGGACUUACAGUUUUCUGAAGAUGAGAAGAGGUUGUUAUUGGAGAAGCAGGCCAGCGGAAACCCUUGGCACCAGUUUGUAGAAAAUAAUUUAAUACUAAAAAUGGGUCCAGUAGACAAGCGCAAGGGUUUAUUUGCACGGCGACGACAGUUACUGCUCACAGAAGGGCCACACUUAUAUUAUGUAGAUCCUGUCAACAAAGUCUUGAAAGGUGAAAUUCCAUGGUCACAAGAACUCCGGCCAGAGGCCAAGAAUUUUAAAACCUUCUUUGUCCACACGCCGAAUAGGACCUAUUACCUGAUGGACCCGAGUGGGAAUGCUCACAAAUGGUGCAAAAAGAUCCAGGAGGUGUGGAGGCACAGAUACCAGAGCCACCCGGACGCUGCCGUGCAGUGACGCCUGCGACCCUGCACCCGCUGCAGGACGUGUGCCCAGCACGGCUCACCGCCACCUGGACACUUCCAGACCACCUGCCAGCCAUCUCAAGGGGGACGCAGACGGCGGAACCUUGCAGCUUUUUUAUUUAAAAGAAAAGAAAAAUACCCAACCACACAAAGAACAAAACCAAUAACGAAAAGGAAUUCAGGGUCGCUUUGCUUGCUCUCUGUGCCAUGUGGAGCUUCUCGCACUCUGCUUGCCAUGGGAACCAGCAUCGUACACAUCCACCUGGUUCCCGCCUGGACUCGUAGACAGACUCGCGGCACCAGCUCUCCGCCACGUGCCCUGUCACCUGCUGGUCCUGCUGUGGCCAAGGGGACCACCCAGGCAUGUCUCUGGGCUCUCUCUGCCCCCGGAUCAUCGUGGAACUAACUUUUCACCAGGGAGCCGGGCAACCUCUCUUGGGGUGGCCCCCGAGCUCUGUGGGGCAGGAGGGUUCUUGGCUUUUGUCCGUGUGCUCCUUUCUUUGUGUCCCUAGUAUAUGGCCUGGUCCCCACGGCCCGUGCUUGCCUCCUCAAGUAGCCCUGGCUGCGAGAUUUCUGCGGUCCUUGCUGUCUGUCUGUGAGUUGUGUUGGCCGGGCAGGCUUCGGGCACUGAGAAGUAGAACAGGUUGUCCAGGUGAAAUAUGGAGUCGCUGCUGUGUUAGAAGGUGCCAGCCAAGCAUUCCGAUGUGUCAUCCCUCGGAGCAGCGUUGCCCUCUGAGGUGGGGAACUGAGUACCUGCCCGGGAGGAACACCAGGUGCACCAGGAGGCGGGACUCAAUGGCCUCCCCUCCCAGUGUGAGGCCAGGGCAGUGCAUCAGAUGGGCCUGGAGGCCUCCCUGUGGAGGAGUGAGAGCUGGUGGCCCCUCCUGAGAGUUUUGUUUGAAAGGUGGAGGGUUAAAUCAGGGCUGAGAGGUGCCUGGAGUCGGCACACUGGACGGUCCUCCAUCACACCCAGGCCUCAUGGAGGAGGGCAGACUCCCAGCUGCCACAUGCACACUUUUCCUGCUAAAGUUGAACAUUCUCAUAGUCUAACUCAGAGCGUUUUUACAUAUGCACAGUGAAAAUCAAAAAGCCUUCUCAUGUUGCCAGGUCAUCUGGUCCCCAUCAAGUGGACUUUGCCUGGGAAAAAGUGUCACUCACCUUGCAUGAGGGGCAGGAACACCACACUUGAACCCAAGCCCCAGCCCGCUCUCUUCCAGUUUCAGGCUUAUUUCCUUUAGCUCUUUAGAGGCUGCGCACUGCUGUGCACUUAGGAUGGUCCAGGGCUUACCGGUCCGUUGAUUGUCUUUGCUGCUGCCCCCUGAACAGAGAACGCCUGUCAGCCAGGCAGGGCUCAGCCAUUCUUCUCUCUGCCCAGGGUGUCCCUGGGGGGCAGUCCUCAGUUCCAUGUGGGAGAGGAGCAGGCGCUGGGGCCCGCAGGCUGCCGCUCACAGACAUGGCUCUGUCCCCAGGGGAGGGAUGACUUUGCCAUUUCCUUUAGACUUUCACAAAGGCACCAACAGAACCUCCCACAGAAAAGGUCCCCUGCCUGACUACUUCCCUGUCCCUAUCUCGAACGAACCAUCCAUCACCCUGUGUGACCACUGGUCCACAUGUAGAGGAAGGAUGUCUUAAACUGUUUUAGUGAUAUGAUAGCAGUGGCUCUUAAACUAGGAAAAAGGUUCGGAUGUGGAGAAUCCCAUGGUGCUUGGACAGGGAGAGGGGUUGGAUGGGAGCAGAGGUGGGAGCCAGGUUUGCCAGGGGUUUCUGCUUGGGCUGUGUGUGUGUGUGUGUGUGUGUGUGUGUGUGUGUCGAGGAUACCAAGGUGUAGGGGGUGCCUGCCCUGGGGGCGUCCCAGGGUGCCCUGGGCCUGUGGUCAUAGACUGAGCCCCCUUUCCUCCUCCUCGCCUUGGAAAAGUCUUGCCUGUGUUCACAUGCUUUCCAGAAAGUAGUCUUUCUUGACCCUUUCUUUCAGGACUUUGAUUUCAGGCGCACUCCUGUGUUUAUAUUUACCCUCGUCAGAGCGUCCUCAUCUGUGCGUGUGCAGUUAGGAGGGUGAGGAGCCCGCUCCUGCACAGGGUCUUUCCUGGGUGUCUGGUUGCAGGGAAACAAGCAGAGCUGAUAUUUGGCUUUUAAAAGAGCACUCUGCUGGGCUGCUCGGGGAGAGACAAAUCUUCCCUUGCAUUCUUCCCUCUGGAUAGCGCCACUACCUCCUAGGCUUAACCGACAAGCUCCAUCUUAACCUCCGAAACCAGAGAAUAAGGGGUUCAGGGUUGAGCUCGAAGCUGGCAGAGCUGAAGUGACUGCCCAACCUGAGCCAUUGACAGCUGAACCCUUCUUUGUAGGUCACCGUUCUCUGCUCAGAGUCCUCUUUCCUUUUUGUUUUUUUAAGGCCCCUAUAUAUUCCAGUCUUACCCUGUGCUUACUCAUGU